AUAUUUCAUCAUGCAUCCAACCGUAAUACUUUAUUACUGGAUUAUCGGAUAUCUAACUAAGAUCACAAAAGAAGAGAUAAACAUUGAUCGAAGAGGCUAUGCAAUCUGCAGUUCAUAUGGAUUUAAACUUAUUGAAGCUAAAUUUGGGAAAGAAACGCAUCUGCUUUGUUUAAAGCUAAAAGCUAUAGGAUCUUCCACAUUGACCACGCACCGGACUGCUUUAUUCCUAGACCCUGAUCCCGAAGAUGAUAUCACCACUUUCUCCCUCGCUGACGUCACUAUGGCGUAUGGAUUUCCUAUAGAAGAUCCUUCAGCUGGCUCGGCCGAAGGUUAUAUUGGUGAUGACCAUCAGUUUUAUGGGGUUCUUCAUUUAGGCAAUCGCACCCUGCACGCAGACCCAUAUGGUAAAGAUGACCCGAAUAAGUUCUUUGGCGCGUUUGAAAAUGAUAACAUGGCGGCGCCGAGAUCUCGACGUGAUCAUGCACAGCUAGAAUUCUUGGAGCGCCUACCUUAUUUACCUUACCGAAUAGAAGAACAUAAUAGGAUGCCUGGCAUUGCCCGUGCGAGAAUAUGUGACCUCCUACUCCUAGCUGACAAAGAAUUCUUUGAGAAAGACGCCAACUCGAGUCUGAACCAUGUAGUGCGUAGAAUGAUGCACGCGGUAGCCCAAGCAGAUAUUAUUUUCAGGAAUGCAGAUUUUGAUGAGGACGGCAUGCCUGAUAAUAUAGGUUUUUCAGUGAAAUAUAUCUUGGUACUGACAUCUGAUGAGACAAACGCUCGUGUAUUUGGUAACCUGCUUAAUGAUCAAGCUAUAGAUGGCCGAAAUUACCUGAUGCAGUUUGCAAGACUUCGUCGCUUAUCGGAAGUGUGUCUUGGAGUAGCCUUCUCUGGUCAUGCUUUUCAAAAUAGAACUCUCGGUCUAAGUUUCACGUCCUUGGGAGGCGGAAUGGGUGGGGCAGCGGGUGGUCUCUGCGACCGACGUGCAUUUGGUCGCUCCUUCAAUACCCUGGCAAUCGCCCACGCUACCACUGAGGACAAGGAACGUGUACCCGAGAGGAUAGCGGCUUUGACUCUCGCACAUGAAAUGGGGCACAGCUUCGGUGCUCACCACGACGAUAACUUCCCGAACCCUGAAUGCCGCGGUUACCUCAUGGGUUCGCAGUCCUCCACACCAGACACGGGCAAGAACUUUGAGUUCUCACUGUGCAGCAAACGGUUGAUAGCUGCCACUCUUAGCAGCAUGAGUUAUUGUCUCUCGGAAGAAGAUAGGCCUUAUUGCGGAAAUGGUAUAGUGGAGGAGGGUGAGGCGUGUGAUUGCGGUCUACCAUCACGCUGCAGCCAAAAAGAUCCGUGUUGUACACCACGAGCAGGCGGGGCUCUUGUGUUCGAAGAAGGCACAUUACACAAGGAGGGUUGCUCUGUGGCCCCGACUGCUAUGUGUCAUCCCUCCCAGGGGCUGUGUUGUAACACAAAUUGUCAGUAUGCGGACUAUACCAGUAGCGGAAUUGACUGUAAGAGUCAAGAUAUGGAAUGCACGUGUGUGAACACAACGGACUGCCGAUGUGGUUUAGGUGGUCGAUGCUUGGCUGACGGCAGUUGCCACGCGGCUGAAUGCGCCACCCUCGGACUGAAGGAGUGCCAAUGUGGUAUCAGCUCCAGGAAAACCGGGGAUACAUUAAGCAAAGCGCACACGUGUGGUAUAUGUUGUGAGCUGAACAAAACGACAACUAGACACGGCGAAGGACAUUGCAUCGGCGCUGAGUUGGCAGCCAUGGAGGUGCUCACUAAUACCUCGCGACUACCAGAGAAUUGGCCGGAUCUGGAUCAUGGAGGUCCAAAUGUAACCGUGCGCCUAUGCAAGGGGAACCAGUGUUACCUGGCGUUGACCCGCGCAUGGCCAUCAGGCGGGCCGUGUGUGACCCGCAACGUGGUGGGGAUAUGUUCACCGCGUGGUAUAUGCAAGCGCGAUUACAUAACGCCGCGGUCUAACAUCUACCCCGAUAUUAUGAACGUGAAGUUACUUAGUGAAAGAAAAAACUCGGGUACAAGAUUAAGUAUGACAAUAAAGUCUAUUACA